UCGGAGAUGGCGGAGCGGCCGCGGCGCGGCCCGAGGCCCCGAGAGCAGGGAAGCUGGGCAGCCCCGGGACGCGGCGGAGCCCGGGGACAGCAGGGACGCCGCCCACUCCGCCGGGUAUGAAGCUGAAAUGUAGUGGUUAACAGCAUGGGGGAUCUGGAGCUUGACAGGCCUGAUUUUGAACCCCAGUUCCUCCACUGACUGAGCUGUGUGAUCCCGGGCAAGUUACUAAGCCUCUCAGCUUCAAGUUACUUUUGGAUUGUGGAGGCCAAGCUUGUGCACUUUGCUGAUUUGUGAUGUGAGAAGCUUUAUCAGAGCCAAGGAAGCUAGAUUUGCAGCGUGAAGCCAUGGUCCAGGAGGCCAUGGUGACUUGAGACUGCUGCUUCUUCCUUUUCUACUCUAGAAUAAAUGGACUUGGUUCCCAUCUCUUCAGGAAAUUGACCCUGAGUGAAUCCCUUUCCCCUAUUUUCCUAUCCUUCUACUCACCCAAGAAAACUCUAUCCUAGCGACUCCCACCUCCCAUCCCCAGAGGUGGUCCCUUAUUCCUCCUUUAUUUCCCUCGCCAUGCUCCAGCUGUGGAAGGUGGUACGCCCAGCUCGGCAGCUGGAACUGCACCGCCUCAUACUGCUGCUGAUUGCUUUCAGCCUUGGCUCCAUGGGCUUCCUGGCUUACUAUGUGUCCACUAGCCCCAAGGCCAAGGAACCCCUACCCCUGCCCUUGGGAGACUGCAGCAGCAGUGGGGCAGCUGGCCCUGGUCCUGCAAGACCUCCAGUCCCUCCUCGGCCUCCCCGGCCUCCAGAAACAACUCGAACUGAACCUGUGGUCCUUGUGUUUGUGGAGAGUGCAUACUCACAGCUAGGGCAGGAGAUUGUGGCCAUCUUGGAGUCAAGUCGUUUUCGUUACAGCACUGAGCUGGCACCUGGCCGAGGGGACAUGCCCACAUUGACUGAUCAUACCCGUGGCCGCUAUGUCUUAGUCAUAUAUGAGAACCUGCUUAAGUAUGUCAACUUGGAUGCGUGGAGUCGGGAACUGCUAGACCGCUACUGUGUGGAAUAUGGCGUGGGCAUCAUUGGCUUUUUCCGAGCCCAUGAGCAUAGUUUACUGAGUGCCCAGCUCAAGGGCUUUCCCAUUUUUCUACACUCAAACUUGGGGCUCCGGGACUACCAAGUGAAUCCUUCUGCCCCCCUCCUGCAUCUCACCCGCCCCAGCCGCCUGGAGCCUGGGCCACUGCCUGGUGAUGACUGGACCAUUUUCCAGUCCAAUCACAGUACUUAUGAACCCGUGCUUCUUGCCAACCUUCGGCCAGCUGAGCCUCCUGUGCCAGGACCUGUGCCUCGUCGAGCCCACCUUCCUACUGUGGUACAGGACCUGGGGCUUCACGAUGGCAUCCAGCGGGUACUCUUUGGCCAUGGACUUUCUUUCUGGCUUCACAAACUGGUUUUUGUUGAUGCUGUUGCAUACCUCACUGGCAAGCGCCUCUGCCUGGACCUUGACCGCUACAUCCUGGUAGACAUCGACGACAUCUUCGUGGGCAAAGAAGGUACUCGCAUGAAAGUGGAUGAUGUUGAGGCUCUGUUGACCACCCAGAACAAACUCAGGACCUUAGUCCCUAACUUCACCUUCAACCUGGGUUUCUCGGGCAAGUUCUACCAUACUGGGACAGAGGAGGAGGAUGCGGGGGACGACAUGCUGCUGAAGCACCGCAAAGAGUUCUGGUGGUUCCCCCACAUGUGGAGCCACAUGCAGCCACACCUGUUCCACAAUCGCUCUGUGCUGGCCGACCAGAUGAGGCUCAACAAACAGUUUGCUUUGGUGAGACCCUUGGAUCUCUUCUCUACAGUUUCUCCCAGAAUGAAUUCCUCCUUUCAAAUUUCCCCUACCGUUUCGAAUUUUCUUUCUGUGGAGGCAUCCCCGCCCUCUCUAUCCUAUACUCCCCAAACCUCACCAGGUCCUGGUGAGAGUCUAUGCCAUUCCCAGGAGCAUGGGAUUCCCACGGAUCUGGGUUAUGCUGUGGCCCCCCACCACUCGGGCGUGUACCCCAUCCACACGCAGCUCUAUGAGGCUUGGAAAUCUGUGUGGGGCAUCCAAGUGACCAGCACUGAGGAGUACCCCCAUCUCCGCCCCGCCCGCUACCGCCGUGGCUUCAUUCACAGUGGCAUCAUGGUUCUCCCCCGGCAAACAUGUGGUCUCUUUACUCAUACAAUCUUCUAUAAUGAGUAUCCUGGAGGCUCCCGUGAGUUAGACCGGAGCAUCCGAGGUGGAGAGCUCUUUCUGACAGUGCUGCUUAAUCCGAUCAGCAUCUUUAUGACCCAUUUGUCCAAUUAUGGAAAUGACCGGUUGGGUCUGUACACCUUUGAGAGCCUGGUACGCUUCCUCCAGUGCUGGACACGGCUGCGCCUACAGACCCUUCCUCCCAUCCCUCUUGCACGAAAGUACUUUGAACUUUUCCCUCAGGAGCGAAGCCCCCUUUGGCAGAAUCCCUGUGAUGAUAAGAGGCACAAAGAUAUCUGGUCCAAGGAGAAAACCUGUGAUCGACUCCCCAAGUUCCUCAUUGUGGGACCCCAGAAGACAGGCACUACAGCAGUUCACUUCUUCCUGAGCCUGCACCCAGCAGUUACUAGCAGCUUUCCUAGCCCCAGCACCUUUGAGGAGAUUCAGUUCUUCAGUGGCCCCAAUUACCACAAGGGUAUUGACUGGUACAUGGAUUUCUUCCCUGUUCCUUCCAAUGCCAGCACUGAUUUCCUGUUUGAAAAAAGUGCCACCUACUUUGACUCAGAGGUUGUACCACGGCGGGGAGCUGCUCUCCUGCCGAGAGCCAAGAUCAUCACUGUGCUCACCAACCCUGCUGACAGGGCCUACUCCUGGUACCAGCACCAGCGAGCACAUGGAGACCCAGUUGCUCUGAACUAUACCUUCUACCAGGUGAUUUCAGCUUCUACCCAGGCCCCUCUGGUACUUCGUUCCCUGCAGAACCGCUGUCUUGUCCCUGGCUACUAUUCUACCCACCUGCAACGUUGGCUGACUUACUACCCCUCUGGACAGUUGCUGAUUGUGGAUGGGCAGGAGCUGCGUACCAAUCCAGCAGCCUCAAUGGAGAGCAUCCAGAAGUUCCUGGGUAUCACACCCUUUCUGAACUACACACGGACCCUCAGGUUUGAUGAAGAUAAAGGCUUUUGGUGCCAGGGACUUGAAGGUGGUAAGACUCGCUGUCUUGGUAAAAGCAAAGGCCGGAAGUACCCAGACAUGGACACACAGUCCCGCCUUUUUCUUAUGAAUUUUUUCCGGAACCAUAACCUGGAGUUGUCGAAGCUGCUGAGCCGGCUUGGACAGCCAGUCCCUUCAUGGCUACGGGAAGAACUACAGCAUUCCAGUGUGGGCUGAUGUCCCAGCCCUCCUAUACCAGCAAAAAGCCCCCUACUUCCCUCUGGGGCAAGCCCAGAGCAGGGCCCACAAGGGGGGGUUAGUGUGGCCUGCCCCCGCCCCCUUCUACCUCAGUGGCCCCCAUGGCUGGGAUGGCUGAGAAGGGAAGGGCAUGCCUUUCCCAUAGCUCUGGGGCAUACUAAAGGGGCUUCCCUUGGUACUCCAUAUCAUGGUACUGGGUACCUUUGACCAAUGAACUUGAGAGGUGGGGAGGAGUAAGAGGUUCCCAGGAAGAGUAUAGAAUGUAUUAGUCCAGUGGUUUUUCCUCUUUAUCCCCAGCAGUGUAUCUGUCUGGACCUGGCUAUGGGAGGGACCCCUUGCUGUUGCCCCUUUACUUGGGCAGUGGGAUCUACCUGUGGCCCGGCCUCCCUAGUGUCAUUCACAUUGAAUGGGGAUGAGGUCGGACAGUGGCUCACCGAGCUGAGUAUGAGCCCUAGCUUUGGGCCAGAAAUGUCCUUAAUAAACAUCCUUAUUUUU